UGGUUGUUCAAGAAAAGCCGAACAAAAGGAAAACAUUAAAUAAAAAAGAUAGUAAUUUAUAAUAAUCAGCUUCUAAGUUAAGGAAAAUUAGUGCUCUUCCAGUGCCGCAUACCGGACGCGUCCUUCCUGCCGAGGUAUUGAAACGUGUUCUUUCGUAACAACACCAUGAACGCACUGGGCAAGUUCCGACCGGCGGUCCUUGCGCUAAAUCAGAUAACACGUUCGUACGCGCUUAAAUCGGAUCUGAAAAUCAAAUGGGUACGGCCGGAGAAGAUCCCCUGCUACAAACCGGAGAAAUCCGGUGACCUGCAAGCCAUGCCGAAGCUAGCCGGCUCCGAGCUGAUGAAGGAUUUCCGGGAGUCGAAGGAACUCGAGACUGCCAACGAGCAUGUCCGGAACUUGUUUAGCAUCGAGCACAACCGGCGCCGGGAGAUGGUGGAAAUCUUCAAGGAGGACAUGGUGCGGCGGGUGUACCGGCACGAGCUGGACUACGGAUCGGUGGAGGCCAAAUUGGGACUUAUGACUGCACGCAUCAGAAGUUUGCAAGAGUACAUGGAGCAGUUCCCGAGGCAAUCGGUGGUAAAGGUGCAGCUGAAGGAGUUGAUUGAUAAACGGAAACGAUUCCUGCGGUACCUGCGCCGAUGGGACUACCGGCGAUUCGAAUACAUCCUCGAAAAGCUGGAUCUCGUGUACAAGCCUUAUCCAACGAAAUUCCAUUGGAUCACUCGAAAGGACUCGCUACGCAAACUAACCGACAUACACUGCGAGCAGAUCAAGCAGAACCGGCUCGAAGAGUACCGCCAACAGCUCGAGGCACAGCAAAUCGACUUUCUCGAGAAAAAACUCAGCAACCUAGAGCUCAUACGAAAGGAGCAGAUCGAGUGUCAGGUCCCGGUUACCGUCGAAGCGGAACAGAUCAAGGCAGUUCGUAAGAAGUACGAAGAGCUGAAACGAAAACGUGAAGCGAUCGCCGAGAGCAAAAGGGAACGGGAAGAUUCGUAGAAAUGAGCCCAGU